AUGGCCGUCAUCAACCUCGCCUACACAGCACCAAUCAAUCCUUCGGGUGUGUCCCCCGUCCUCACAGAGGCUCAAGUCUGGACAGGCCUCAAGCGCAAGGUCAGACGGGCCUACGAGUUCGUCCCCGUGAUCGUGGACUGCAAGGUCAUCAGCGAAGACGGCGACACGACGAUCCGCGAGGCCACCUUCAAGGGCAACCCAAAGCCCGUCCGUGAAGUCUGCGUACACUUGGCCCCGAGCCGUGUCGAUUUUAAGCAGGAAGAUGGAAGCAAUAUCUCCAAUAUUGUCUCAAAGGGCCCGGAUGGAAGCCUGCAGAUGACAUACGCAUUUGAGUGGCGCCACCCUGAUAUUACCGCGGGGAGCGAGGAAGAAACACAAUUGCGCGAGAAAUAUGAAAAGCUUUCCAAGGUAGCGGUUGAAGGCAGCAUCGACACCAUCCGCAGAUUGGUGAAGGAGGGUGAGAUCCACUAA